CAACUAAAGCAUCCCAUGGGUACGCAGAUUCGAUGCACUCGGUACAUUCGUCAAAUUUAACGCUACAUCACCCACCCUCUACUCCGAGAGCAGUUAGCGCCGAAGACAUCACCAGGGAUGUUCGCUCCAUCGUACUUCACAAAGGUGGCUCCGGAUUGGGAUUCAAUAUAGUUGGAGGAGAAGAUGGAGAAGGGAUUUUCAUUUCGUUCAUCUUGGCCGGAGGACCUGCGGAUCAGUGUGGCGAACUUCGAAGAGGUGAUCAAAUAAUCAGCGUAAAUGGAGUGAAUCUUAGGAAUGCCACCCACGAGGAGGCGGCUCUAGCACUUAAGGGUACCAAUCAAACUGUUAAUAUAGUAGUUCAGUAUAGACCUGAAGAAUAUAAUCGAUUCGAAGCCAAAAUCCAUGACCUCAAACAGCAGAUGGCAAAUCCAGUUACGGGUGGAACCUUACUGAGAACGUCCCAAAAAAGAUCCCUCUAUGUGAGGGCUCUCUUUGACUACGAUCCGAUGAAAGACGAUGGCUUACCUAGCCGAGGUUUAGCCUUCCACUAUGGGGAUAUUCUCCAUGUUACAAAUGCUAGUGAUGAUGAAUGGUGGCAAGCAAGGCGAGUACUUAAUACAGGGGACGAACAGGGUAUGGGAAUUGUUCCUUCAAAAAGACGAUGGGAGAGGAAGCAGAGGGCUAGAGAUAGAUCUGUUAAAUUUCAGGGACACAUGCCAAAUAUUCUCGAAAAGCAAUCAACCUUAGAUAGAAAAAAGAAAAACUUCUCAUUCAGUAGAAAAUUCCCUUUCAUGAAAAGUAAAGAUGAUAAAUCGGAAGAUGGUUCUGAUCAAGAACAAACCCCUUCUGACCAACCUAAUGAUAAUGAAAAACCUCCUCAAUCUUUCAUGCUUUGUUAUACUCAAGAGGAUGCAAAUGCCGAAGGUGAAAUAUUAUAUCGGGUCGAGCUACCCCAUAUGGAAGAAAUAACGCUAAUUUAUUUGGAAGAUAAUGACAAUUUAGCAGACAUUAGUGGCGAAGAAAAUGUUCUGUCGUACGAACCAGUACAACAGUUACAGAUUAAUUAUACUCGACCUGUUAUUAUACUAGGUCCUCUUAAGGACCGUAUCAAUGACGAUCUGAUUUCAGAGUUUCCUGAUAAAUUUGGAAGCUGUGUCCCUCAUACUACAAGGGCAAAGCGAGAAUACGAAGUUGAUGGUAGAGAUUAUCACUUUGUUUCAUCCAGAGAACAGAUGGAAAAAGAUAUUCAGAACCAUCUGUUCAUUGAAGCUGGCCAGUAUAAUGACAACCUGUAUGGAACUUCAGUAGCUUCUGUUAGAGAAGUUGCGGAUAAGGGCAAACAUUGUAUACUAGAUGUUAGUGGCAAUGCAAUAAAACGGUUGCAAGUUGCUCAAUUGUAUCCCAUAGCAAUUUUUAUCAAACCAAAAUCGGUAGAAUCAAUAAUGGAAAUGAAUAAACGAAUGAAUGAGGAACAGGCAAAGAAAACUUUUGAAAGAGCUGUUAAAAUGGAGCAAGAGUUUGGAGAAUAUUUCACAGCUGUUGUCCAGGGUGACACUCCUGAAGAUAUCUACAAUGAAGUGAAAGAAGUAAUUGAAGAACAAUCUGGACCCAAAAUAUGGGUACCUACCAAAGAAAAACUGUGACCUUUAGCCCCACCUAUUUGGACAUUGCCCGCUCAGUCUCAAAAAUUCAAUUGAAGAUAUUUGCCCAAGAAAAAUAUUAUCGCUAGCAAAUGAAGUAUCUCUUCAGUGUCUAGUGUUUGGCAAUGUCAUUUAAGAGAUACUGCUAAAGCUGAGAGACUUACUACCUUGUUGAAUUGUGCGGUGCCUAUAACAUGCGUGCUUGCAAAAUCAACUCACAUAACUUUUUUCUUUGCCCCGGAGGACAUCAAGGUUGACGAGACCUUUUGUUUUUGAACCAGUUUAUGAAUGUUAAAACAGUAUAAUAAUCUCAUAUAAUUUGGAGUAAUCAGUUUUUCUGAUUGCUUUAUUGUAGGUAAAGGAUAUAGAAUGUGAUGUUUGGCUAUUUUUCAGAAUGACAGAAGUGUUUCAUUUUACUUAUGCUUGACUCAUCUUCAGUCAUUUCAUUUAUUCUGGAUAAAAUUAGAUAAAAAUAAAAAUAUGUACCUUAUUGCUUUUCUAAACAUUUCAGAGUUUAAUAAUUACCUAUGUAUUACUGCCACUAAGAAUAUAUAAUAAAGCAAUUUUAGGCUUCUUAUAUAACGUAAUAAACUAAAAUAUCUGAACAUCAAUAGUAAUGGUAAGAAUAGUUUAUGAAAAUGGUAAAACUAUACUGAUGUUUUAUGUUUUCGUCAUUGUGGAAUAUUUCAAUGUUGAACGUUUGACCACAAUUCAUUAUUGUCCGAUAAACCUAUAUGUCCCCUGAGUGUGCCCUUUUGACAUGCAAGAAUAGAUUUUUAAGAAUUGAUAAACUUGUUCGACUACUAUUAGAAUACCCCCACUUUUAUCACUCAGUUAGCUUGUAUAGAUGUGGAUAAUAUUUCCGAGUCAUUGAUUUUGCACUUGUGUUGUUUAUAACAGAAUAUUAAAUAUAUAGUCAAAUUUUGAAACCUUUAUAAUCGAUUGUUAUCUGAUAUAUAGGUGGUUUUAUCAAUGUUUUUUGUAGUGUAUGUAUAUUUACAUUUCAGCGAUCAUUUGAAUGAAAUGAAAAAUUGAAUAAAAAAAUUGUAUAUACACGAAUUUAUCUCUGUGUAGAAUAUUUAACAUGAGUUUGUUGUUAUUUGAAAAAGUUGUCAUCUAACUUAUUUCAGUUAAUAAAAUGAAUUUUAUUAAA